CCAGAAUGGACGAGGGUGUUGCGUUUGGAGAUGUGUCGCGCCACCCAGACGAAGCAGUGGCCAGCAUCUCCUGAGACGAGAAAGCUGUGGUAAAGAUCGUCAACCAGCUACUGGAUUGGGGCAGUCCAUUCGAUGGCAAGGAGCUGGUGAGCCUCUCAACAAGAACGGUGUGCACGCCAGCUGCUCAAACAGAGUUGUUGCAGGCCCAGGCAAAAGGAGAAGUAGCCUUCCAGCUGUUUCUCAAAGAGCGCCUACAGUCUACCAAAGCCAGUUUCUUUGACCGGAUUCCAGCAAGGAAGCUGCCUUCAUUCACAGACAGCAAGAAGAAGGCAAAGUCCACUUCCAAGUUCGAAGCCGUGAAAGCUGACCGCCAGCUGUUCACACAGCUCCUCAUAAUGGCAAAGAAUCGCACAUUUGACGUGCGAACGUUAGUGCAAUAUGAGCUCGGGCCUGUUCCGUGGGCAAUAGCCACUGUUGAUGGCGGGAUGGUUUCAACGCAGAAGUCCAAGUUGCUACAUGCACUGGGGAAAGACAGUGCACUACGAGAUCACCCGCCAGCUGGCUGCUGUGUUGUGAUUGACGCAAUGGCACUUCUUCAAGCCACGCCUUCCCCACCUCCGACAUUCGGUGCACUCAGUGACCAGAUCUUCCGGCAGCUGUUGGCAAACAUGGUCAGAAGCAAUGCGUCACGUGUAGACUUUGUAACUGACCGGUACUGGGACAUCUCCAUCAAACAGCUCGAACGCCAGAAGAGAACUGGGCAACAAGAUCCACUGGUGAUUCGAGCAGAGCGUCGUGACCAGGCCACACCAAAGGAAUGGAAGCGGUACUUGUCCAACGGUACAAACAAGACGAAUUUGGUUCAGUUCCUUGCCACAGAUUGGAAAACAUCAGAGCACUUUGUGUCCUUGUUGGGAACCGAGAAGCAAGUCAUCAUUACAGUUGGCACCACUUGCAUUCAGCUUGCUGCACCAUCGUUAACAGCAACAUGUCUUCGUGCAACCGAGAUACCAGAGCUAUCCUGCACUCAUGAGGAAGCAGACACAAGGCUACUGCUUCACUCAGCCCAUGCAACAUCUCAUGGUUUCCAGUCAGCACUCAUAUGUUCACCCGACACAGACGUUGCAGUCAUAGCCAUUGGUUUGUCCACGUCUAUCAAUGGCCAGCUCGUCUUCAAGACUGGUUCCGCGAAGAAGCCUGAGCUAGUUGACAUCAGUGCCCUCUCUGCAAAGCUUGGUCCAGCUGCUUCUGAAGCACUUAUUGGCCUGCAUGCUUUCACCGGAUGCGAUAGCGUUAGCGCUUUCUCAGGGAAAGGGAAGAAGGCCGCUCUGGAAUUGAUCAAGAAAGACUGUGCGCAGGCAGAGGCGAUGGCUGAGUUGGGCAAGAGUUUCAAUGUGGACGAACGACUGCAAGGGCUGUGUGAGGUGUUCUUGGCCAGAUUGUAUGGAUGUGCAAGCUUGUCAAAUAUCAAUGACGUACGUUUCGAGCUGCUGCGCAACAACUCCAGUACACCACAGAAUAUGCCACCAUCACGAGAUGCAUUGCGGAAGCAUGUCCUGCGAGCAAACUACCAAGCAGUAGUGUGGCGAUUGGCUUUACAGCCAUCACCCGAGAUCCCCAGCCCCGACGGGAAUGGAUGGAGAGUAUCAGAUCAAGGUGGCUUGUCUAUAGUGUGGAUGGAGCAGCAAGCAGCCCCCCAAGAUAUACUGAAGUUAGUUUCAUGCAAGUGCCAGACUGGCUGCUCAACACGACGGUGCUCAUGUCGAAGUCAGACCCUAUCCUGUACCGACAUUUGCCAAUGCAAAGGAUGCAAGAAUUCAUUCGGUACACCAUCCGUCCCUGGACAAGCGACACUACCUCAAGAACUAGCGGUGCCAGAAGAAUCAGAAGCAGCACCUGCACCACCACCUGCUGCACUGGCUGCUGAAGCAGAGGACUUCAUCAAUUUACCCAUUGACGCGCCAGAAGAAUCAGAGGCAGCAUCUGCGCCACCACCUGCUACACUGGCUGCUGAAGCAGAGGACCUCACCAAUUUACCCACUGACGAGCCAUCCUCAAGCAGUGAUGAUUCUGAUCCUUCAGAGUAUGCCACCGAAGAUCAAGAAGACUCAGACCCCCAAUCGGAUUUUGAUUAGGAAGAUGCGAUGGAAUUGUAUGCAUGCUAUUUACCACGGAAAUGAGCAGCGAUACAUGAUAUUACAUACAGCUGAUAUAUAUAUUAUGCAUCUUGCUCUGUUUUGUACUAUAGACUACCAAAAAGGAGAGUGUAGUGAGCACACAUACUCCAAAAUUAUUUAUUUAUUUCUAAGUUCUAGCCUUUAUGAUCGUGCACUCAUCACAUUAUUGUUAUCUAGAUAAUCAAGAUUCCAUAACCAGUUACAGUUCGUGAUGAGCUCUUUCAGUCUCAUUACCAGCCACUCUUUUUUAGUCUUAUUUCCCUCGAAUUCAGUAUAGCAUCUACCUGAUUCGUUACAAAUUUACCAUGAUUCAUAAUUAAUUGUGAAUGCAAUUAGAGCUGUGAUAUGAGAACAUUCAUACAAUGUUCAAACUACUUCAUACUGUGCAAUACUAUGUUCAGCAACGAUGAACAGCUUACUUG